GGCGGAAGUGGUCCUGUGCGUUUUUGCUUCCGACUCCAGAGCGCUGUAUGAGGUUGCAGGGACAUCAGCGGGUUGUUCCUUGGUGUGGUUGUCUGGAGAGCCCUCUCGCUGUUAGAUGGGGGGCGGAGAGGUGAGGCAUGCCGGCACCUGAGGUUGAGUCUUUCCUGUUUCCGCAGCGGCGGUGCUGAGCGAAGUGGGCAAGUGUGGGGAUUAGAAACUCACCUUCAGUUUUUCUCUGCAAGGCUUCCUGGAACCAUCAAGAGGGAGGAUGUCUGUGACAUUGCACACAGAUGUGGGAGAUAUCAAAAUAGAAGUCUUCUGUGAGAGGACACCCAAAACAUGUGAGAAUUUCUUGGCUCUUUGUGCCAGUAAUUACUACAAUGGCUGUGUGUUUCAUAGGAACAUCAAGGGUUUCAUGGUUCAAACAGGCGAUCCAACAGGUACUGGAAGGGGAGGCAGCAGUAUCUGGGGCAAGAAGUUUGAGGACGAAUAUAGUGAAUAUCUAAAGCACAACGUUAGAGGUGUUGUAUCUAUGGCUAAUAAUGGACCAAAUACCAAUGGAUCUCAGUUCUUCAUCACCUAUGGCAAGCAACCACAUCUGGACAUGAAAUACACAGUAUUUGGAAAGGUAAUAGAUGGUCUGGAGACUUUGGAUGAACUGGAGAAGCUACCAGUCAAUGAGAAGACAUACAGACCUCUUAAUGAUGUGCACAUUAAGGACAUAACUAUCCAUGCCAAUCCAUUUGCGCAGUAGCUAUAAUAAUAGCCCUGGACAAAGCCGGGCGUUGGUGGCGCACGCCUUUAAUCCCAGCACUCGGGAGGCAGAGGCAGGCGGAUCUCUGCGAGUUCGAGACCAGCCUGGACUACCAAGCAAGUUCCAGGACAGCCUCCAAAGCCACAGAGAAACCCUGUCUCGAAAAACCAAAAAAAAAAAAAAAAGGCCUGGAGAGAUCCUUAGCAAACUCUUCGCUGGAACACACCCAUUGUGGUUUGUCCAGUUCUGAUUAUGUCAGAGACUGUGGUCCUUCUGGUGUUUACAGUGAUGAUGUCCAUCUAGGAGACCUAUCACGUCACCCCUCAGUCCUGAGCAUAUUCUGCAACCCUACUGUUGUUCAAUAUGUUUAAUUUAAAUACAAAGCACUGCCUUGUUUGUAUUA